CUCUAUUGAACAAGAAGGAACGGAGGGAAGCUGUCGGAAGCCAGCAAUGGCAAGUCAUCGGAAGCCAGUAUUGGCAAGUCAUCGUAAUAGUUGGUGGCCGGCCUUAUAUGAAGAACAACUCACUUUGGCUGAUAAUGGUAAAGUCAAAGUCCUCACACAAAAUAACAAACAUAACCCAGCAAAACGACACGUUUACUAG